CGCGCUCUUCGGCGGCAACUACUGUUGGAUCGUAGGGCGAAGGAAGGAAGGAAGGGGAGCCAUGGGAAACGCGUCGUCCAUGCUGACCCAGUACGACAUCGAGGAGGUGCAGGAGCACUGCAGCUACCUCUUCUCGCAGCAGGAGAUCGUGUCGCUGUACGAGCGCUUCUGCCAGUUGGACCGCAGCGCCAAGGGCUUCAUCUCCGAGGACGAGUUCCUCUCCAUCCCCGAGUUCUCCCUCAACCCGCUCUCCAAGAGGUUGCUCCGUAUGGUUGAUGGGUUGAACUUCAAGGAUUUCGUUGCGUUUCUUUCUACAUUCAGUGCAAAAGCCAGCCUUCGUCAGAAGAUCGAGUUUAUAUUCAAGGUUUAUGACAUCGAUGGCAAGGGAAAAAUUACCUUCAAGGAUCUGCUAGAGGUUUUACGGGACCUAACAGGGUCAUUCAUGUCCGAGGAACAAAGAGAGCAAGUGGUAACUGAAGUUCUGGAAGAAGCAGGGUACACGAGGGAUUACGCAUUCUCGCUUGAAGAUUUUAUCCAGAUCAUCGACCAUCCUGGCCUUAAGAUGGAGGUGGAAGUGCCAAUCGACUAGUGAAAUGUGGAAAACAAGCUUCCGGUUUUGUCUGCAGAACAUGGUUAGUGUCGUGUAGCAGGGCAAUAUGACCGUUCACUUUCGUCAUCUUCUUUGUUUCCGGUCCACUUGCCUAAACUUUUGUAACCUUUGUUGACUUGGCCUUUUCGAAUAUAUCAAAAACAAAACAAAUUUU